CCCAGUUCGUCGUCACUACCGUAAUGGCUGCGCCCUCGUGUUGGGCAUGUGAAGAAGGGAGAGUUUUAUCAACCGCGUAACGUUCCAGCUUUUAUUGGAGAGCCGAGCCAGCUGAAAAAAAAGAUGAAGACUAAAAAUUCACAGUCAAAGAAGCGCUUCAGAUCUGCUAAAAAAAGAGGGAUCCUGGUAAAAGGCAAAUGGCAGACUGUCAAGAUAGAUCCCAGCGUUUUUGCUGAUGAGGGCAUGAGUGAAAUAGUUUGCUUUGAAGAACUGACAGAUUAUUCUCUGAUUGAAUCUGAAAAGACAGCGACUGUGUCCCAGUUGCUGCAGGAGCCUGUUGGAAAAAAGAAGAGGAAGAGAAAAGCCUGUGAAAUAGAAAAUUAUGAUGAAGAAGAAACCUUUGAAGAAGCACAGGAAGAAUUUGCAGAGCUGUCAUCUGAUGACAACAUUGAGCAAGUGGAUAUUGUGGAGAAACCAGAUAAAAAGCGGAAAAAGAAAAAGAAGAAAUCUAAAAGUGAUGCUGCAGACUUUGAAAUGAAACACCAGGACAACAAUAAGAAUAUGGAGAGCUCUUCAGAAGGUUUGUCCAAUUUGGCUGACAAGGGAGAAGAACAGAUUACAGCGCAAACAACACUAAAGUCUAAAAAUAAGAAAAAGAAGAAGAAGCAAGACAAAUCAGAUGCAGAACAAACAAGGCCUUCUUCACAGGUAAAAGAGACUGAUGGCCAAAUAGGACCCGUUAACAAGACUAAAAGAAAAACCAAGAACUGGGCAGAUGCAGCCCUCUCACACUCAGCAGGUCAGGAUACAGAUGUAUCUGCUUGGAAAGACCUGUUUGUACCUGCGCCUGUUUUGAAGGCACUAAGCAAACUUGGAUUUUCUGCACCUACACCAAUUCAAGCUCUCGCUCUCCCUCCUGCCAUUCGAGAUCACAUGGAUAUCCUGGGUGCAGCAGAGACAGGAAGUGGGAAGACUUUGUCUUUUGGGAUUCCGAUGAUCCACACAAUAUUAGAGUGGAAGAAAACCAUCAACUGUAAGAAUGCAGGGGCAGAUGGGAAGUCUAACACAGAGGAGGACACUGAGCCAGGAUUCAACAAAGCAGCUGGCAUAGCAAUGAACGCAGACAACAGUCAGGAAAACUCCAGUGCACAGGAAGAGGGCAGUUUGAAUGAUGAAGAUGAGGGGAUCAUAUUGGAGUCAGCAGAAGAUGGAGAUGUGGGUGGUCAGACUGUAGAGGAAGAUGAUGAUGAUAGUGGUGAUGAUGAUGACUGUGGUUCUGUUGAUCAAAGUCAAGAUGAAGAUGGCUUGACAAAUGAUGAUGAAAGCAUAGGUUUAGACAUUAAAACAAUGGGAGACGUGAAAGGAGAUGGUGAGAAAAAGCCUUUGCUUGGACUUGUUCUCACCCCUACCAGAGAACUUGCUGUUCAGGUCAAGCAUCACAUUGAUGCUGUGGCACAGUUCACAGGUAUAAGGACUGCUCUUCUGGUGGGUGGGAUGGCACCACAGAAGCAAGACAGGAUGUUGAAGCGCAAGCCAGAGAUAGUGAUAGCGACACCAGGGCGACUGUGGGAGAUGGUUCAGGACAAGCACCCCCAUUUGCGCAAUCUACGGCAGCUCAGGUGCCUGGUCAUUGAUGAAGCUGACCGCAUGGUGGAGAAAGGCCAUUUUGCGGAGCUCGAGAAACUUCUGGAGAUACUCAACACCUCCCAGUUCAACCCAAAAAGACAGACCUUUGUGUUCUCUGCAACUCUGACCAUGGUCCACAGCUUGCCCACCCGUCUGCUGCAGAAGAAAGGAAAAAAGCUGGAGGAGCGCAGCAAGCUGGAGCUCCUCAUUGAGAAAGUAGGAAUCAAAGGCAAACCCAAAGUCAUCGAUCUUACCCGUAAAGAGGCCACAGUGGAGACACUCACUGAGACUAGAAUCCACUGUGAGAAGGAGGAGAAAGAUUUUUAUCUUUACUACUUUCUGAUGCAGUACCCUGGGCGCACAAUGGUAUUCGCCAACAGCAUUGACUGCAUAAAGAGACUUACGUCACUAUUAACUAUUUUGGACUGUACCCCACUGCCACUGCAUGCCAAUAUGCACCAGAAACAGAGACUGAAAAAUCUGGAGAGAUUUGCAGAAAGGGAGAGUUGUGUCCUCCUUACCACGGAUGUUGCUGCUCGGGGGCUUGACAUUCCAGACGUUCAGCAUGUCAUCCACUAUCAGGUUCCCCGGACAUCUGAGACAUAUGUCCAUCGUAGUGGACGUACAGCUCGUGCAGCUAAAGAAGGUCUUAGUCUGCUCCUGAUUGGUCCAGAUGAUAUGAUGAAUUUUAAGAAGAUCUAUAGGACUCUGGGAAAGGAUGAGGAUCUUCCCUUGUUUCCUGUUCAGAACAAAUGCAUGACAGCCAUUAAGGAACGUGUUGACGUGGCCAGAAAAAUAGAAAAAAUUGAAUACCACAACAGCCGAGAGAAGCAGCACAAUUCUUGGUUCAGACAAGCAGCAGAGGAAAUGGAUAUAGAUCUUGAUGAUGACUUGCUUUUGGGAGCUGGCAGGGAUGAGAAUGAAGAACGUGAGCAGCAGAAGUUAGUGAAAGGCUUGAAGAAACACCUGAAGCACUUAAUCACUCAGCCAGUCUUCAAACCCCAUAUGAAGACAAAAUAUCCUACUCAGAUGGGCAAGCUGCAGCUGCCAGAGCUACCCUUGGCUAACGAAACGGCUUUAAUUAGUGUGACCAAUCAACGGCGUAAACAAAACCAGCAGAAGCGUAAAGGGAAACAUUAAUAGCUGUAAUUAUUUUGUUGAGGAUAAAUGGCUAUA